CUCUAGGUGGCGGUGGUGGUACACAAGUUAUACUCUCGCGGAAGAUUGCGGAGUACGGAAUUGGACUCCGCGACUUCAGACUGGACUUGGUUCGGGUUAACUCGGUCGUCGUCGGCUCGGUGGUUCGUUUGGUUGAACGAGGGCGCGCGAGCGAGCGAGCGAGCGUUUCGCGUUCGUUCGUUCGUUCGUUCUCGAGCGGGUGUGUGUAUCGCGCUAGCUGCUGCUGGCUGCGUGUGGUGUAGAACGACCGACGGUGAAGGGUACUGCGAGUGGAAGACACGGCCGUGGCUGGCUGCUAGGCGGGCGUAGGCGAGGUACCGUGACGGCCGUUCGGUGGCGCAGCAGAAAUUUCCCGACACGACUGGCGCGGGUUGGUCAACAGCGUGGUGUGCGUGUAUCUUUUAUCUCGUUUUCGCGCACGGCGCUCGAUUUAAGUGUGCGUGGCGCGCAGUGUGUACGUGUAUGUAAUCGGUCGCGCGUAUGCGUAUCUGCCCCGAGAGUCCGCGCCUCGACUUGCUGACAUGGCGUCCUAGCGUUGCGCACGGCCGAAGUUGCACGUCCUUUCGCACACCACGGGAACGGAUCUUUAUCCCUAUUGCUCACCCCCUUGUCGUCGGAACGCGAGAAUGUCGAGAUUACGAGUGAGACGUAUACGAUAAGUCUUAGCCGAUGUGGAGCAGAACAGCACGAGGACGAGUCGUAGAAGAAGAAGCAGUAGAAAUAAGAACAAGCGGUUUUGUCACCGUAGAGCGUGGUGGCGGUGUGAAAAAGCAGAAGAAGAUACGAGAUCGAAGUGGCGGCGGCAGCAGCAACAGCAACAGCAGCAGCAGCAGCAGCAGCAGCAGCAGCAGCAGUGGCAACAGCCAAGUCCCCCCAUGUUAGCAGACAUCAACGGCAACCUACGUUGUCCGGAUCUGAGAAGCGAAGCGAUGGCGUCGUCGCAGAGAUUCUGUCUGCGCUGGAACAACCACCAGAGCAAUUUGCUCUCUGUUUUUGACCAGCUGUUGCACGACGAAUGCUUCGUCGACGUCACGCUGGCAGUGGAGGGCCAACUACUCAGGGCGCAUAAAAUGGUGCUGUCGGCGUGUAGUCCGUACUUUCAGGCUCUGUUUGCUGGCCACCCCGACAAGCAUCCGAUAGUCAUUCUCAAAGAUGUUCCAUAUGUGGACAUGCGUAGUCUCCUAGACUUCAUGUAUCGUGGCGAAGUGAGCGUCGAUCAGGACCGACUGACUGCUUUUUUGCGAGUUGCCGAGUCUUUGAGGAUAAAAGGUCUGACCGAGGUGAACGAGGACAAAUGUGAUCUACCAAACAUUACAUCUUCCUUAUUAAGCGGCAGUCAGAACGCGGUAGCUCCGCCGCCACCCAGCCUUCACCGGAUCAAUCAGAUCGGCUCUUAUCAUCAUCACUCGCAGAAGAGAUUCCAUCACAUGUCCAAUCAUCCGUUGCUUGGAUCGGCGCUGACAGCGCCUAAGCGAAAGCGUGGCAGACCUAGGAAGUUGAGCGGUUCAUCAGACACACCAAUCGGCGAAGUCGGUCAAGACAUGCAGUCCUGCUCAGGUUCCGACUUGGUUCAGGGCUCACCCGAGAUGAUGGAAAUGAAAAUGGGAUUGGACUUUCAGAGUGAAGUCACUGGCAACGGUAACGCCAGGAGUGGUAGUAGUGGAUCUGCCAACAAUGUUGGCGGCGCAUCUACGGCAACCACCGGUAAUACCAGUGGCACGACCUCCUCGGGGUCAACGAAAAGAGACGAGCCUACAGAAAACGGCACUGAUGCAGAGCCGCCGGUCACACGGGUCAAGCGAGAACCAGAACCAACGCCCAGCACUUCGCAAGGCCCGGAUGAAACAUUUGCGCGGCCGCACAGUAGACAAGGAAGUGAAGGUUUCAAGCAAGAUCAGCUGUUGCCACAAUUGCCAAGUGACACCACCUUCGAAAUCUGUAGCUCGUCGUCGCCGUCGUCGCCCGUCACACCGGUCUCGCUGGCAUCGUCAUCGAUAACGCGCGGCGGUGACGACGAGAGCACCGCUGGCGUCGGCGCUUUUAUUAAGGCCGAGAAGGUAGUCAGCGGCGUCCACUUCUUAACAGAUCGCACGGAAGAAGAUCAACCCGAUCUCUUGUUGCCGAAAUCGGAAUCUGCUGAAAACGAGCCUGAGAUCAGUCGGAAACAGCUGCUGGAAUACCUCAUUCAAAACGACGGUUCCGUAGUCUGCAAGUGGUGCGGUGAGGUGCUACCGUCGCGAACCCGUUGGUACAGGCACAAGUACAAGCUGCACGUGUCAACCCAGGUGACCCAGCCAGCGCCGCUCUUCAAGUGCCACAGCUGCAACGCGUAUUUCAAGUCUCGCAAAGGCUACAUCGGUCACCUGAGCUCACGUCAUUCCGACAACGAGAACGACGAGAAUCGCGAAGAGCCUACUAAUAAGAAGUUCCGCAAGAUUUCUGAUAUCGGCAAGAGUUCAGAUUGGGAACAGCAACGGGAAAAAGAAGAGAAACUGGUGGCAGAUAUAAUCGACCGUGUGAAGCGGGAGUGCGAGGCUCAGGGUGAAACGGUGACAAGGCGCGGUUAUUCCAGGAGGUCCACGAUCAUGAACAGCUAAGGCCGAGCCGGCCGCGUCAUUGACUUCGAAGGGCAAUCAUAUCAUUGUCGGGCGAAGCCUUUCUUGUGAUGAAGACAAGGGUCUAAUCGGGAUCGACUCUUUUUGGCCCUGUUACUCUAAAAUGCCCUCCUCCUUUUUCUUAUAAAUACUAAAAAAAAAUAUCGAUUUUUAUUUUCGACAUGUAGAAAAACGGCAUAGUGGUUCCUUUGAAUACGACUGAAAAUUAUCUGCGAAAGAAAAGGGCCGAGAAUUUUACUAAACAUCUUCGGAAUUUGCAAAGAAGAUGAAGACGUUCCUCAUAAUCGAACGAGCUAUCGUUUGACUAAUGUAAAAAAAAACAAAAAAAAAAAAAUAAGGGACACAGCUGCGUAUAUUUUUUCCUAUGGCUAGCUGUGGGUAAUAAAUGUUGACGACGAUUCCCUUGAUUCUUGCGAAUAGGCUUGUAAAUAAAGAAAAACAAUUUUCCUUCACAUCAGUAUCAGCGAGCCGCAAAGAACUCUCGAUUUGUACAGGAAACAAAAACCGAUAAAAAGUAUAAAAUUUUUAUCAUAAUUUGAUUAUUUAUCUCAAUAUUCAUUUCUUAAAUAUAGAUUUUUAUGUGUAACAUACUUUAUAUAAUUAACUUCAUACAUAGCUCUUUAAUUUUAUAUCAACAAAAAAGUAGUAGAUAUACAUUAAAGGACUAGAGAUUGAAAUCAAAACUAAUAACUGAGAAAAAUCUUCGCGCGAUCAAAGAUAGAGAUAGAAUUCAAAGAGCAAUUAAAAGUAUAUAUUUAGAGCUUAAAGCAAAAGUAAUAAACGGUAUCAAAUUAACAAAUCCUACAAAUAGCAGUAGAUAUUUUAUAUAGAUCUCCGUAAAGUUGUAAUUCCUGGAUUCUGUAAAUUGUUUUUUAACUUUACUUUUUUUGUAAAUUUUCUCUUCUCUAUAAUCUUAUCUAAUUUAUUAUUUAUUGUUGUUUGUGAAUCAAAAUCGCAUAAUCGAGAAUUUAUUGCGCGCGUGCUAUACAUGUUUAAUAUAAGACAAAAAACAUUUUUCUUCAUGAAGUUUAAAAGUGUGAGAGAAGAAAGGGAAAAAAGAGAAAAAAAAUCCAGUGCCAAAUGUACAUCUUCCCAGGCGCACGACGAUUGUUUGCUCAACAAGUGCGACCGUAAUGUAUCGAUCUUUCAUUUUUGGCUAAUUUUUUGGUGGCAUGCUGGAUUCUACUGAUUCUACGUGUCUCCAUAUGAGAUGUAAAAAAAAAAAAAAAACCAAAAACAGCCCAUGUGAAAGUGGUCACACAAUAUUUUCACAAAUAAUAGAGAAUUAUUAAUUUUUUUAGAAAUAAAUUACCUAAAGUUAAGACAACACAUAAUAUACACAAAAUUACGUGUACAGUAUAACAAAAAGAAAUCGAUAAAAGUUCGUUUAAGGUUGGUAGUUGAAAUCUCUGUGAUCUCUCGAUUUUAAAAUAUUUUAAUUCCUUUCUAUAUUUUUCUGUUUUCUGUACGAUAUUAAACUACAAAUUUUACGAAGAUCGUGUUUCAAUAUGUACAUUGCGAUGCAUUGAUGCCUUUCAAAGAAGAAAAGUAUUUCUCAAGCGUUUUGUCGCGUUGUAGAAAGAAGAAAAUUUCUGUUUCUCUUUCCAGAAAAAAAGACAUCAAUACACCGUAGUAUAUAAUAUAAAUGUUUCUUCUCAUACAAAAUACAGUAACUUCUAGUUUUGUCUAGCGCGUGACAGAAAAACACAUACAGGAGACAGAAAAUUAAAGAAAUCUUAUCUCAAGAUAUAUACGGGUACCAAUGUCGAAUUAUAUAAUUAUUAUAUAAUUAUAUAAUUAUUAUAUUAUUGUAUAAUUAUUAUAUUGUUAUAUAAUUAUUACAUAAUGUGCGUUCUUUAUCAAAUAUAUCGAUUACGUGCAGUAUUUUUGUCAAGACACGCAGAAAAAAUGCGAACACGCAUGCUACCGCACUCGGAUAAUUUAGAUCGACACGUUUAUUAGUGUCGCUAGCGGAACAAUAGAUAGAAGAUAGAUAGAUAGGUAGAUAGAUACAGAUAGAUAGACGAAUAUAUCUAUUUCGCGUACGCGAAAACAUAUCUCCAAGGAAAAAAUUUUCCAAGAAAAAAAUUGAUUAAUAAACAGUUACAUAAAACACAUUUUGGUAGUAAUUUUUGCAAUCGUUUUUUUUGCCCGACAUGAUGACCAAAAAACUGUUAAAAGUUAACUUUAAGUAUUUGUAUUACUUUAGCUGUAUCAAAAAUUAAAUCGUUUCUUCGUAUUGACUAGUGUUUUAUGUGUACAUAUUUAUAGUUUAGUAUAUUAGAAAAAUUAUCAUUGUUGAAAUAUUCACACGUAAAGUUUUUAAAUCUCUUAGAUCAGUUUUGUAGAUUAUUUUCUAAUCCGCGCAUUUUUUGAUUUAUAAUUAUUAAUAACACUUGGACUUUUUUCCUCGGAUGUGUGGGACUGUUUAUGAUCGGGCGCAUCUGAUGUACGAAUAAAUAUAUGUAAUAUAAUGCGCAUUAAGUUCGGGCGGAGUGUGCGGCGAGCGCGCAUUAUACUCGUGUAUUAAUCUCGCUGAAAUAUUCCAAGAAAGUCUGUCCAGUUUUUUCGAAUGUCUCGAAAGUAUUUUAAUCUCUAUUAUCUUGUCCUUUUGCGCGGCUACGCAAUGAUGCAAACAACGCCAGAGGAGUCGCGUUAUAUCGCGCGAUAAGUACGUAUACAAGGUGUUCCUCGUAAAAAAAAAAAUCAAUUAUUGCAACAGUCCGCAAGAAAUGUUACACAUUUACAAGAUACAAACAACACUAGUUUAAGUUUGGUGCUAAUUUUACACACGGCAAAAGGUGAACACAUGAAUUGAAGUACAUACACGUUUAUAUUCUAAUAUUUCUCCACACACUCGUACACACACAAAAAUACAGAAAAAAAAACGCGCUUCCUUUACACACGUGGAGACGCAUCCGAUCAUUGCGUCGAAUAUUAAUUGCGUAAUCGACGAAGUCGAUCAUCUCCGACUUUGUAAAUUAAAUAAUCAUUACGCGCAAUGAUGUACAAGAGUGGUAGAUGCGUGUGAGAGAAAUCUCUACGUUCGUGCGCGUUACAUGGUUUAUCAAUCUAAACAGUGCGUGACGUGUCAUGUUAUACGCUUAAGUAUUUAAAGUCUCAAUUAUUUUCCGAGCAAGCAGCAUAUAAACGUGUUUGUUCUUUUAACAAUUUAUCUUCUGUGCAAACGAACUGUUUCUUAACUCUUUCAAAAAAGAUACGUUGAUAUUAUCGAAACACUUUCUUCACGAAACAAUUUCUCAACAAUCAAGCAAUGGCAUUUGGUAGCGUGUACGAACGGAGAAUGCGCAUUAAGUUGGAGUUAACUCUCUAAAGAUCAGCUCCGGUUCUUUGAGACAAACGCCGUCUCCUAUUUGUCUCCCUCUUAAUUAAUUUAAUAAACGCAUUUAUGAAAGAAAGAAAUAUAGUGAAACUUUUAAUUAAGAGAAUUAAUUGAUUUAGAGAAGUUUCUUGAAUAAAUAUCUCCUUGCAAAAUCACAUCAUAAUGUGAGCGGUGUCUUCCGUUGAAAAAGGUCUCUCUUUACCUUGCCACAUCUCAAUUAUUAUUAGUAGAAUUGAGAGAAAAGAAGAGAUAGAAUUUAAUAAGCGUUAUUGAAUUGCUACAAUUUGCUAAAGAGUUAUUACAUCCCUAUAUAGUAAUAAAGGUAUAAAAAUUUUAGAUAUAUUAUGAAAGAACAUUGUACGUGUAUGUGCACACACACAUAAACACGUAAACAGUCUAUUACCUUUUUCUAGAAUUUUUAACAGGAUCUUUAUCCUCAAGAAAAAAUGUUUUUAAUCUCUCGUACAUUCCAAAAAUAAAAGAUGCAUUAUUAAUGAAAAUAAAUAAAAAUAAUAGCGCAAAGGAGUAUAAACAAGCGUAUAUAUAGGAACACAAAGAAAUUAUUUUAUAAUUGUUUUAGUGUGUGUGUGUAUGUAUGUAUAUAUGUAUGUAUGUAUAC